CCAGCGCUGCCCCCUGCUGGAUGAUCCACAGCUGCCCUCAGGAGCUCUGAUAGACCAGGCCAAACACCUGGGCAACCUGACCUUCAACAUCUGGAACAACAUGAAGGACAUGGUCUCCUACACUCCUCUCAUUCUGGACCCAAACACUGCUCAUCCAAAACUCAUCCUGUCUGAAGAUUUGACCAGUGUGAGACGACGAGGAGAGAGGCAGCAGCUUCCUGAUAAUCCAGAGAGAUUUGAUUAUUACAGCUCUGUCCUGGGCUCUGAGGGCUUUAACUCAGGGAGUCACAGCUGGGAUAUUGAAGUUGGAGACAGUACAUGGUGGGGACUGGGUGUUCUAGCAGAGUCUGUGCAGAGGAAGGGAAGCAUACUGUCUGGAUUAUGGAUAAUAUGGUUUGAGGAAGAUAAAUACUCAGCAUGGUCUCCAUUAGCAGGAUCCACUGCUCUCGCAGCACAGAUGAUCCAGAGGAUCAGAGUGAAUCUGGACUGGAACAGAGGAAAGCUGUCGUUCUCUGAUCUUGAUACUAACACACACAUACACACCUUCACACACACUUUCACUGACAGGAUGUUCCCAUUCAUUAGCACUGAUGAUGAAGUGAAAGUGUUGCCGUUGAAGGUGUCAGUGUCAGUGGAGCAGAGUUGAGGAUGAUGAUAUUUCAGUUUUUCCUUUUUUUCUUUUUAAAAAUCCAGUUCUGUCUGGCAGCCUUUGCAAUCAGAAUUAUGAUAUGAAUGCACUGUUGUGCCAAACACAUUUUGCUUUUCCAAAUCAGCUCUGUAUAUUCUCUAUGGGCUCCCCUUGUUUAAGGUUUAACUGUUUAUUUUGUCUUCUCUGUCCCAAGUAAAAGAUUAAAAAUGGUUCAUAAUAAUAUAGUGAUAAAAAUGUAAUAUUUCAACUGUGGUAAUUUAUGUUAAAAAAGAGAGUCAUUUAGUUAAAAAUAUAUUCUAUACAGUCAGCAUUAGUUUUUCUGUAUCUUAUUUUGAAGGAGUAAUCUGUGAUCGCAAUGCAUUGUGGAAAGCAGGAGCUGCAGUCAGUUGGGAAAAAAGCAUUGUACAGAAAACCUGCCUAUCUGUGUUUAAAUUUCAUCUCCUGUGGCCUGAAUCUUUAUAUACAUCAUCAAAAGCAAUGGCUGUAAGUUUAUUACAUGUUCUGGUUUGUUUUAUAUGUUUUAUAUGCUGAUUUAGAGAUCGUUGUGUGAAUGUGUUUGUACCAGAAAUUAGCCUUAUCCCAGAAUCGGUUUUUGCUUAGAGCAUGGUCUAUUAACAUAGCAAUGAUGCUAGCAAUCGAAUAUGCAUAUCAGAGGAUUGUUAAAACUACUGUUUAUUAUUACUUAGCAGCUAAGACUAACUUUGAUACAUGUUUUCUAUUACUAACUAUUUCUUUUCUGCAUUUAUUUCACAAUGUUAAAGAGCUAAAGGAUAUUUUAUUUUCUGGUUUAUUUUUUAGUUUCACUCAGAACUUUCAUCGAGCUAUUCAACCCACAGUUGUAAAAGUUGUAAGCCGUCGAGAAGACUGUAAUAAAGGAGCAAGACGCUCAGUUUCCUGGCUCAUGAAAAUUGAGUUUG